UAGUAUAUUUCAGGCAAUUGUAUUCGUAACCUUUCGUUCAAAAGGGAUUGAGAUAAGGAUAUUCUUAUUGCAUACAUUUGGGUCAAAUCAGGUUGUGAUAAGUGGGAAGACAAUGACCAUUUUACAAAUACUUCUAAUUAUCAGUCUAGCAGGUCUGGUGCUGUCUUGUUGUCCCGAUGGGUGGAUAAAGGGAAAGAACUCCUGUUAUUUUAUCAGUCCAAGAACCGUCGUCUGGUCCGAAGCAUCGAGCAUUUGUCAAGCAUUCCAUGGUGAGCUAGCUGUUAUCAACGAUGCCGAAGAAAACGCACUUAUUGGCAAAAUUAUCACAAACAUAAGAGGUGCCUUAACGACAAACCUUUGGAUAGAUGGAUCCGACAGAAUGAUAGAAGGAGAGUGGUAUUGGGCGUCAACAAUGGAAAGAUUUGAUUACAAAAACUGGGCAAUCAACGAACCAAAUGACCAGAAGGAGUUAGAGGACUGCCUAGAAAUAUACCCGACCGGCUUCACGUGGAACGAUAAUAGAUGUAACAUCCUUAAUCACUUCAUAUGUGAGAAAGAAAUAGAAGCAACUGACCUUGUUGGACAAAUUAUUGGUUAAAAUAAGAAUUCUGUGAGACUUCAUUACAUGUAUUAAUAAACUUAACAUCAACUAAAAAGGCUUGUCCUCUCCUGACUCUGGAUGAAAAA